CUUUUUCCUCGCCAUUUCUUAUUGAGCAGCUGAGGUUUUCGGCCGUCUGUGCUUGUUUUCUACUGCAUCUCACGGUUCAUUCACUCGUCACAAAUCGCAUUUCAAUGGCACCGAUCAAACAAACAGCGACCGUCAACGGCGACUAUGACGGCUCCUGUGCCAGAUUCGACUCUCUUCAGGCAUGGCUGAAAGUCUAUGGCAACGCCGAGUAUGCCGUCUGGAAGAGGAACAAUGCACCUUCGCAUCUAAGCUACGAAGAGUGGGCCGCUUCUGAACACGUUCUCGGUCCCUACCUGUGGCACGCUACUUUGGAUGUCUGGGAGGAAGUGUCGUCAAGUGAUGAGGAAUCCGAGGUGGAAGCACCAAAACUCGUUUCGCGUGGCUUACCGCAGCGCGAACCGAACAAGAAACGGACGGCCAACGGCCACGGAAUGCCGCAUACCACCAAUGCUUCAGCAUCAUCCGCACGAGCGAAACCAGGCGAAGAGACGGCCUCGGCUAAAAAGAGAAGGAGGCCCAGGAAGAAAUAUCUCUCGGAGGAAAUCGUAGCGUCCGACGACAGUGACGACAUCGACGAACCCACCCCAAUUGUCGAAGUCGCGGCACCUGCAGCACCCACUUCAGCAGCUACUACCAAUGGACGACGCAAGUCAGGUGGGCGGAGGAAGAAGCAGUUCCUCUCUGAAGAGACCAUCGCGCCAGAAGACUUGGAGGACGAUGCCAUGUCCAUCGACGAGGUUGCUGUCCUUGCCGCUGCUGCGCCUGUGCCCAGCUCACCUGAAUCACCGCGCGAAACCCCGCUGACUACGCCGAAAGCUAAGACUCCCAAGACAAAGUCGGGAAGAAAGCCAAGGAAGCAAUAUUUGUCUGAAGAGAUCGUCCCGCUGGAUGACGACGAUGAUUCCGCCCCUGUUGCUGAUGCUGGUACUGCCACCCCCAACACUGCCGCUGCUUCACCUGAAGGUCCAAGCACAUCGUCAGCCACGAGACGAGGGCUACGCACGCGAACUCCCGCUCAACAGCGACCUUAUUUACAUCAUGCGAAAUUGUUCGAAGAGGCAGAAUGGGCUGAGCAAAAUGGCGGGAACGACGCAAAGCGGUCGCCUAAAGCAAAGCCAACAAAGCUCGCGCAGGUCUCGUAUCCCGACGAGGAAGACAACCUGCUUGAUGAAGAGGAGGAUACAAUCGCUGUACGUCAGGAGAGACCUCCACAGACCUCCGCCAAGCGCCACUAUAAGGGUAAAGGUCGGGCUUGGAAAAAGGCCGAAGAGGAUGAGGAUCAAGACUACAAAUCACCGGUAAAGACCAAGGGAUCGAAUGCGCCUAAACGAAAGACCAAGCCAAGGAAGUCAAUACAGCGGUCAGAUUCUUACGUUGGGGACGAAGUCGUUUCGGGAGCGGAAGAGCCCCUGGAGGAGCCGGCGGUUGAGAGCCCUGCCCAGCAUGCGCCAAAGCCGAAAGGCAGACGACCGAGGAAAUCCCACCAUUUAUCCGAGGAGUUCGUUAGAGACGACUCCGAUUCGGACAUGGAGGAGCCGCAGGAGGAGCAGCAGCCUAUUGUAGCGCCCAUCGUCCAAAAGACACCAAAACCAAAAGGAAGGGUGACGAAGACUUAUCCGAGCAUUGCCUCCAAGGGCUCCAUUGACAGCGACGAAGAAGAAGAAGAGUAUACUCCUGGCUACAAGAAGCUGACGCCGAAGGGGAAGCCAAGGAAGACGAGGGGCUCCAUUAUAUCUCUUGGAGAGACGCCAGAAGAUAAGAUGGGCGAUAUCGAGUUCCAGGAGAAUGAGCAAGACAUGGUCACGCCUCUGCGGAAGAUGCGGAAGAGGCAGAGCCUGGGCUCAGAUGGAGGUCGCUAGGGCAUGAUUGAACGGCCUUUCAGCAUCUUGCUUUAUUUUCCUUAGGCAUGGCAAUUGUUCUAUUCUGUUCUGGUAGCAUAUCG